AUGUCCGAAAUCUCCUUGAAUCACAUCCAUUUUACUCGGACGCCGACACCAGCUCUACAAGUACCUCUGGGUCAAUGCGAAGUAGUCGCUCUUCCAACGGAGGUUGAGGAAGAUGAUGAAACGCGGGAUUUGACAGCUAUGGUUGUGGUUUCACCCGCGUCGACCGAAGGGUUGUUCAAAAUAGUGACUAUCAGUCGAAAACGGCUACAAGGGGAGAAGAUGUGUGACACGAACGGGAGCGAAGGACCUCGACGGAGAACGGUACUUUGUAAUGCAACAAACGCGAUGGGAGAGAACUAUCCAGCGAAAAAGGGAUCAGGGGGAGCGAGAGGGCAUAAUGACAGUGAGGGAGAGAACAAAACUAGGGAAGAAGAACACCGUCGAGCUUGGGAAACGGAUGGGAAAAGAGUUUGGAGAAAUAUACCUUCUUCUUUCACACUUCAAUUGUCCCACAGAAGAUCUUCCAGACGUGGAUCAUCAGAUGCUUCGUCGUGUUGCGGUGCUCGGUCAGACAUGGUAGUUCAUGACAAGAAGAUCGUUUUCAGGGAACCGGCCUCAAAGGAUGUUGAAGGAGGGAAGGAGAAGACAACAUCGGAUCUUACCAAUGCCAACGUCUCGUCGUUGAGGUGUACCCUGGCUAUGGCUUCCCCUACAAGAGAGAAUCAGGGUAUUGGACAUCAUGGGUCUUGUUUGGAAGAAGAUGAAGAUGACGACACCGUUCCAAUUCGAGAUGAUGACACCGUUCCUGUUCAAUGUGAAGAUGGGGAAGAGAUGAUGGAUGUAAUGGAUAGAAAUGGAGCAAACAGCACGAAGCUGCAAGUUGAAUAUGAAAGUCGAAAAGAAUUGAGAUGGAAUAGAAAAAGAGCGGAGUUGGUUGGGAAUAUAGAAAGAUGGUGGGUUGUUGUUUGUCACGAGAUAAACUGGGAUGUGAAUCAGCCGAUGCCAAUAAUCCCUCCAAAUAUCAAUUCACCUUCUUCUCUCGUCACUGCUCCUCGAGCUUCUUUCCCUCCCGUUCUUUGCUCAUAA